AUGACCAGCAACGAAAGAAAACAUCUCUUGGAAACGGACGCCCUGGCAAUAAAACAAGCUGUAGAUGAAGACAACGAUUACGAGAAUGCCAAAGAGAUCACAGAAGUUCCGGUCUGUGGCUCCUACCGCUUGCUGGUCAUCGUCUGCUGCACACUGUCGAUGACCAUUACCUACGCAGCACAAGCCAGUCUCAGCGCCGCCAUGGUGUGCAUGAUUGACGACAGGGACUUCCUUCCGGAAACGGGUUUCUAUGACAACCUGACUACAGAAAAUAUGACCAAUGGUGUUUUCAACUUUACCACAAAUAACGGGACGGAUGAUCAUUCAGAGGAGUGGUUGUUCAGGUGGGACAAGACUGACCAGGCACUGGCCAUUUCCACAUUUUUCAUGGGCUAUUACAUCUCCCAGAUUCCUUCCUCUAUCGCGGCCGCCAGGUUCGGUCCUAAGAAGGUGGUGGUGAUCAGCCUGAUACUGGUGUCGUUGUUCCAAGGCCUGGCCGUCCCAGCGGCUCACUACGGCAUCGGCUGGCUCUAUGCUGACAGAGUCAUUGUUGGGAUCAUAGACGGGUUCCUCUAUGCGCCAACAUUUGCCCUGGCUGGUCAGUGGGCUCCUAGGCAUGAAACCAGCCUUCUCUUUGGGAUAGUCGGCAUGGGGAUGGAGCUAGGGAACGUGUUGUCUUACGCCGUGUCACUGCUGGCCUGUGAGAUAGACAUUCAGGAGGGUUGGCCAUUUGUCUUCUAUAUCUUGGCUGGUCUAGGGUUGAUCAUCGCUCUUCUCUUCAUGAUCAUCGUAUCCGACUCGCCAUUCUACAACCAGCAUAUCUCCAGGAAGGAGGUCAAGUUCUUUGUCUCCUGCAUUCCCAAACGACACCACACACCGAAUGAAGCUCCGGCGCGGGUCCCGGUUAAAGAGAUCCUCACUUCCGGGUGUGUCUGGGCCAUUGUUGUCUCCCAGAUCGGUUCUGACUGGCUGUACUACUUCUUCGUUACCAUGGAGCCAACCUUCCUAAAGGACGUCAUCAAACUGUCUCACUUGCAGGUAAACCUGUUGACGGGGCUACCGUUUCUAGGCAUCAUCCCGACCAUCUACCUGUCCGGAUACCUGUGUGACAAGCUGGUCACCAGAGGAAUCAUCUCCAACACCAAAGUUAGGAAGAUUAACGACUUCAUCUGCAAAAUUAUCCCAAGCGCCAUACUGAUUGGUCUGGGAUUCCUACCCCAAGAAUCGACUGCCGCAGCCUUUGUCUUGAACCUAUUGGGUGCCAUGUGCAUGGGGUUCUCCUACGUCAGCUGGAUGGCCAACCCCGUAGACCUGGCGCCAGCUUAUACUGGAUUCAUCGUCGGUGUCUGUGAGAUCGGAGCUAUCUGGGUCGGCAUUGCUGUGCCAAUUGUCUUUGACGAGAUUACUCUCGAUAAAACUCGAGAAGAAUGGCAGCUUGUCUUCUACAUCACGGCUGGGAUACAAGCGUUUUGCUUCUUGUUCUAUGCAAUCUUCGCGUCAGGAGAGCUACAGCCCUGGGCUUUUAGCUCCCUCAAGCACGAGUACGACGUUCUGGACGGACAGGACGAUGUGAAGACAUCCCUGCUGGACGACGCCAUGAGGUCUAAGUCCCACUCUAAACCCGACAGUCAAAAUGACGAGUCUCAACGACUUCUGACAUCGUUGUCUCUGAGUCUAGGUGGAUUUCAAGGGACAUCGUCGUAUGAAGCCAGUGUCAAACGAAAGAUGGAUGCUAGAAAGUCUGAAGGCAACAUUGGCAGUAGUACAGUUGUCAUCAGCGGACCGGCUGUGACUCGAACCCUCUUGCAGUCUGGGCACAUACCCAGGGAAUCUUUACAACGGCAGGAGAGUCUGUAUCGAGCUGCCAGCAUUGACGCUCUUGUCGGCGAGAUCAGACUCGGCAAACCUUUACCGGAAUUCAACGUUUCAAACAGCCAAAUGAUUCUUCCAAAGCCGACAUAUUCAGAACCUUUUGGAGCUGUGACUUUUGAAACCGAGCCGUACAUUGAGAGCGACGAUGACUCGUGGCAAAUCAUGGCAACUAGAUCGCUUCCAAGCAAACUAACCAGCUCGGCAGUACAUGGACGAGGCGAGCGUGAUCUUCAUUUGAUUAUGUCAUCCCCGCUUGUUUCUGAAGAAAAUAUUGAUGACGAAUUACCGGGACCUCCAAGAAACAUGAAAAGUUUAGCCACAGAGAUUGUAGAAACCUUGACCGUUCGUUCUCUGAAUGAGCCCAUUUUAAACGUUGAAAAAAUUAAAUCAAAAGCCCCAGGGACCAAGCCACAAAACAGUAUUUUUCAAAAACUGAGAAUUCACGCAACAAGAAAGAAAAAUGAAAAUAAUGCAGCUUUGACAAAACGGCGAAACGGGAGCAGUAAAAUGAGUGAAGCAGCUUUGUACGUUGACCCGAAGUUUACUAGAAAUAUAAUAAAUAUGAAGCGGGAACACCAUUCUUCUCUUCCAAGACUUGCGAAAAAGAAACAGACUUCUCCUUCAGAAGACAAUGAUUCUAGUCUGAAUCUUGGAAACACUAGCAGCAUCAUGGUGUCCACGGAGGAUAGUACAGACUCAACUGAUGCCCAUCUGAGACAUAGGAAAAACACAGCUGAUCUGCAGGAUGAGCUCAGCAAGGGUAAAACUGAAGUUGCCGGUCUCAAAGAUCGAAGGAAGAUUUCCAGGGUCGUUAGAAAUUUAUUUUCAUUUGGGAGAAGUAAAAGUACUCCUGAUUUCAAUCUGUCAAAUGAGGAGACGUUUGUUUUCGUCGCAGAUGACGAGGUUGAAGAUGCUACCAACAUUGAAUCCUUGGCGAACAAAAGUUUUGACAGUGCCAAGAAAACGAAACAGUCUUCAGUCCGUGGACAGAAGGAGAUGCAUGAGAAGAGUACCUUGAAAUCACAGGGCAACGAAGACGUCGAGGAAGAACAAGUUUUGUUUGCACAGCCUCGCGUGAAGAUCUAG